AUGCUUUUGCUCGUGCUACGCGUCACAGCACGUGCCUAUGGCAACUUGUGCGUGUGGUACCUCGUGUCGCUUCCUGCGGAGUGGGUGGACUUUCCGAAAGUUCAGUGUCUGCACACCAUCUUCGAAAACGUCGGGGCAAGGAACACAGCCUUGCACCUAGCCGCCAUGCACAACAAGGCAAACACGGCGUCCCUUCUGCUCAGCCUCAGCUGCAAAAUCUCGCACAACGAGCAGGACUUCACGCCCAUAGACUACGCGCUUCACUACAAGCACAGCGAGGUUGCCAUGGUGAUGGUCACGCAUCCGUCCAGGAGCGAAGAAGUAAUGAGCUGUCGAACAAAGCGGUACACAUGCCUAGUGGAAGGACUUACGGCAGUCAUGCCGGAAGUCAUGAUGGCUGUUUUGGACCGCGGGAUAACGAAAUCCAAAUACAGUCACGAUUCCACUUCCUAUUAUGUAAAGCAUAGCUUUCAAGCCCUUCAGAAUACGGAGGGAGUUGGAGAUAUCGUACCUGAAACUGAUCAACCACUACCUGUGAUGAACAUUAUGGUUAGAUACGGGCGUGAAGAACUCCUCUCUCACCCUCUCUGUGUCAAGUACUUAGAGACAAAAUGGAACUCGUACGGAAUGUAUUUUCAUAUGUUGAACCUUGCCGUGUACACCGUGUUUUUGGCUUUCUUAACGACGAACGCUGUUCAGCUGAUGGCUGAGAAGACGGACAGAGAGAAUUUCACGCAAGUCACGUCAGAACAGCUCGCCACUGCUUUUGCCUAUCCAUCGACCGCCACCAUGGUCGCUCUGACAUCUGUGAUUGUCCUGGCAUUUGUCGGGCUGAACAUCGUGAAGGAGUUUUACCAAAUGUAUCAACAGCGAGCCAAGUAUUUCUUAGACAUCAUGAAUGUCUUGGAAUGGACGCUCUACAUUUCUGGUGGCUUGAUGGCUGCCGGCCACCUUUCGACAACCGUGGUGGAUCGAAGCAACCAGUACAUCAUGGCGGCGUUGGCCGUCUUCUUAGCGUGGUUCAACUAUCUGCUCUAUUUGCAAAGGUUCAACCGGAUCGGCCUCUACGUUGUCAUGUUCCUAGAAAUUUUGUCCACAUUACUAAAAGUCAUGUUCGUCUUCUCCGUUCUCAUUAUUGCCUUCGGCCUGAGCUUCCAUAUUCUCCUCGCCAAAAUUGACAUGAAUGUGAAAACGCCGGUCGUUGACCCCUUCACAGGAAACAUCACAAUGCGAUCAAUGAACAUGAGCGACAAGGGUUUCCACAACCCGGUGAUAUCGCUGGUGCGCGUAGGCACCAUGAUGCUCGGGGAGCUGGACUUCCUGGGCACCUACCUUCGGCCCAUGCGCGCCCUGGAGUCCUCGGCCUGGUACCAGAUCGUGGCCGCCACCUGGUUUCUCGUGGUCUUCAUCGUGCUCAUGCCUAUCCUACUCAUGAACCUGCUCAUCGGCUUGGCCGUCGGCGACAUCGAAACCGUCCGCCGCAACGCACAACUCAAAAGGCUCACAAUGCAGGUGGAGCUGCACACCGACCUGGAGCGCAAGCUGCCUCGGCGUAUCUUGACUAUGGUUGACAAGACUGAAGUCUACGUGUACCCCAAUCAAAAGGGCUCCUCGUCUUACGUCUGGCACACGAUACAACGCUGGUUUGCGAGCCCCAAGGAAAACAGCAAACGAAGCAAGGCAUUUGCCGGUGGUGGCGGUGUUCCAGACAACACACUUCAAGAGCUAAGCGUCGAGCUUAAAAGGCAAAAGCAAAGGAUGAAAGAAAUCUCGAGGGCGAUGGAGCAGCAGCUAUCCCUAAUGCGGCUCGUCGUUCAGAAGAUGGAGAUCAGAACGGAAAACGACGACAUGGACGAAGGACACUUCGAGAACAUCCAAGACCGGCCGCUCAGUGCGACGACGCAGAGCAGCCUAUGA